AUGGCCACCGGAGACUCUCGUGACAAGGGGCGAACGCCUUCCGCUGCAUCCGAGCCUUCUAAACGCAAGAACACUUCCUCUGGUAGCAAACAACUCGCUAGUUCGGACGUGCCACCCGCCCAGACGACGAGCUCCUCUUCCAACGACAGCUCGCCGUCUCAACCACCCCCUACGCAAAGAUCAUCUACACCCGAUUCUGGGAGCGUUGCGUCUUCUACCACUCUCCCUGAGACCCGCAACACCCAAGACCCUCAGUCGGUGAAUCCGAAGCCGGUCCGUCAAGUCGGCUCGAAGACCAAGCGAGCUCCUUCUCCAGAGUGGCCAACCAGUCCGUUUGGAUUGGAUUACCCUGACGAGUUGCUCGACCGUGUGCGGAAUCUGUCCACGAUGGCGGACGCUGCAAGCAACCGAUACGGUCUUACUCGACUGCCUCGCUCGGCGAAGUGGGGUCCGAGGGACGACAAACUAGACGACGUCUUGUGUAACGACGGGAAGCCCAUCGUGACCUUCAUCCUCGGAGAGGUUGAGAACGCGUCCUUUUUCAACGAGCUCGAACAGCCUCAGAAGUUCGUAAGGGUCGCCGUGAAGCCGAUGUUUCACGCAGACGUCGCGACUGGACACAGGAUUAUCAGAAGCCUAGCGGCCAAUGUCAAGAAAGCCGAGGAGCUGCAAGUCGGCAUCAUCGAGGCCGGCAGGCGUCAGACGCGCCGAGUUAAGAGCUCUCGGAACACUGUUCCGUACGAGUUCGCCCGUGUUUACGACGCUUCAGAGCGUUACGGGCCGAAGAGCAUCAUGCGCAAGCUGUCAGCCAAAGACAUCGGUUACCGCGACCUCGUUCUCGUCGAGUGCAAGAUCGUGCGGUUCCGCGCUGACUCCGAGACAGGUAAGGCGCAAUACUUCCUCACGGAAUGGGGUAGCUGGAGGGUUCGCUUUGACAUCCAUGUCAUAGAGCUUCUGUAUCCGGCCCUACCUGCGCCAAAACAAAUAGAUGUCAUACACCGUUUAUCUUGGUACCCAUGCGUGCUGCAGCGCGCUGCCCUGAAACGAGCGCCUGCAACGAGCCUUGAUAAGACGGCAUAUCGCCCCAUGCCAUUGCUGUUCACAGAACGCCCGUUACGAUCGCGGAUUAUGACGCGCGGCAAGGCGUCUGUAGCCCAUCUCUGGUCCGACCGCGUCUCAACGAAGGAUGUGGAAGGCUACGAUACUGCCACGCUCGUCUACCGACACCAGGUCGAAGUUAGAGUCGACCCCGGCUACGAUCAGCUUCCCAUGGUAUCCGCAACGACUGCGCUUACAGAUAUGAGCGGUCAGAGCACUGGCAGCGGAUUCGAAGACGUAACAUGGAGGCUAUACAAUUCGCCUCGGUAUGGGAUGUCGUACAUCGGGCGCCUUCACACGAACGCGCUGGCCUUUUCGGAGACCGUGGCCGACCUCGUCAUCCGCGUGGACUACGGGUACGAGGUGCGCAUCCCGUGGAACAUCCCCCGCUGUCCGAUCAAGAUUAGGAUGAAGAGGAUCGAUGAAGAAGGCAGAGGGUAUGCUGUCAUUCUGGUCGUAUACGUCCGCGAAGCGUAUGGCAGAUGGUAUCUCAGAACCGUGAGACGCACCACGCGGAUCAUCUCGACUUCGACGAGCACGAACGAGGGCGCCGAUAGCAGCGUAUCAGGCAGGGACAACGCUUGA